AUGGCGGGUUUUGAGUACUCAUCGGUCUCGCAGUCUUCGGUUCCUGAGAAGAUAUCGCCAAUGAGGAGGGUAGACUACGCCGCCAAAGCUGUUGAUGGAGACCCAUUUACAUUCAUUCAAACGAAAAAUGGAAGCAACAAUUACUGGAAGAUUACAUUUGAUAAACCCACCACGAUAUCAUGUUUUACAAUGUUUGUCACUGGAGGUGUAUAUACGAUAAGUGUAAAUUUAAGCUAUCCACAUUCAAAGGAGAAAAUUUGCGAUGAAAUACCUGCAGAAUCUCUGAAACACAUCUACAAAAUUAACGUUUGUUGUGACAGAGAGGUUAAGGUGGAUUCUUUCAUGAUCACGCGCACAGAUGUUGGAGUGUUACAGCUAAAUGAAAUAUACUUAAAGGGUUGCUGCAAAGGUUUCUACGGUUUUUCAUGUACGAAAUGCAAUGAAUCUUGCUCCACAUGUGACGCAGCGAAUGGGGAAUGCUUAUCAUGCUCUCCAUUCAGGUUUGGAGCCCAAUGUGAGAAGGAUUGUCCGUAUAAAUGUCUGGACGGGCUUUGUGAUAGAGACACGGGACUAUGUACAAGUUGUUAUCCCGGAGCAUAUGGGCAGAAAUGUACACCUUGUGAAGCAGGGAAGUAUGGAUAUUACUGCAAUCAGUCUUGCACUGACCAUUGUGAUAGCGAUUGUGAAGCUGAAACAGGCAAAUGCAUUACGUCCAGGAGUUUUAAUAACAAUAUAGAUGUCUUCAAUCAAAAGAAUAUUUCCAUAGCUGUGGUAAUCUUCUUAGCCUUAAAUAUAAUUAUAAUAAUUGCCCUCGUUGAGAGAAAAGCAAUACUGCGGACAUGUAUGGCCAAGAAGUAUGACACUUGUGAGACAUAUCGUGUAAUAGAGUUGGAGGAAAUUCGGCAGGACAAUCAAAACGAAUAUGAGGAAAUAUGUCAACAUGAGUAUGUGAACACAUUAGAUCUGGGUGUCUCUAUUGAGAAAUUUGUAGAAAAAGUCAGACGUAAGAUGAUUGAUUUUUUCAAGGAAUUUAAGGAAAUUCCUUGUGAAACGACAGAUGAUCAUCUCAACGCACUUCUUCCUGAGAAUAGAAGGAAAAAUCGUUACAAGAAAAUAUAUCCAAAUGCAGUGCGUGCAGUACUGGCCUCAAACGGAAGAAAGGAUAGGGCGCGUAAAGAUUAUCCCACAGAGCUGUCGUAUAAUGGAGUGCAUAACAAUUAGAACUUUUCUUUUAGAGAGGGAUGGCGAAUCGCGAACUCUAAAGCAUUACCAAUUUACGGGCUGGUUUAAGAACAAAGUUCCAAGUAAUGUAAAUGCAAUAAUACAGUUCCAUAAUUUGGCCAAAUUUAAAGAGGAGGAGGAAUCGGGACCAAUUGUCAUUCACUGCAGCGCGGGUAUUGGGAGAACGGGGACAUACGUAGCCUUUGAUUACCUAAUGGACGAAGCCAAUAAGAAAGGAACUGUUGACGUCACAAACUGCAUCGGAAAACUACGUCAGCAAAGACCGUUUAUGGUGCAAACCUCGGAAGAGUACCGUUUUCUGCACGAAGCCUUAUCUGAAAAUCUCACACAUUUGUAUGUGGACGUCAUAUCCUGAAA